AUGUGUCGUAAGGAAAUGGAACAAAAGGAUUUUCAUUUAAUUAGUAACAGUAGUGGUUAUCGUUAUCGUCGUGCAAAUAAAUCUCAAAUUAUUUGGCGUUGUUGUCGAAAUGACUGUGCUGGUCGUGUACGUUUUGAUGGAACAGGUUAUAUUAAAGUUACGGAUCAUCUUCAUGUACCAAAUCCUGAAGAAACAAUAUCAGUGGAAUUCAAAUCAAAUAUCAGUUCUGGUGCAACAAUAUCGCAUAAUCCAUCACGACGUAUUAUUCAUCAGGCUUUAUUAAAUUUUUUUUUAAUAUGA